AUGAAAACCAAGGUUGGGUCCGGCCCUUUUAGGGUUUCAUCUGAGUUAUAAAAUACCUAAUUCAUUGUCCUCUGUGCCGUUUUCUUCUUCAUCAUAGUCGUGGCCGUGUCGCAGCAAAACCAAACCACAUAUUAACUUGUUUGCUCUAAGUCAUGGCUCUGAUCUUGCACGCAACCAAAGCAAACAAGAAUGCUUUCAAGACUCUGAUUGCGGCAGAGUACAGUGGCGUCCAAGUGGAAUUGGCCCCUAAUUUCGAGAUGGGUGUCUCUAAUAGAACUCCUGAAUUCCUUAAAAUGAAUCCCAUAGGAAAGGUUCCUGUCUUGGAAACGCCCGAUGGUCCAGUCUUUGAGAGCAAUGCCAUUGCUCGUUACGUUGCUCGACUCAAGGGUGACAACGCUUUGUUCUCAUCUUCUGCCAUUGAUAAUGCCCACAUUGACCAGUGGAUUGACUUUUCAUCCUUGGAGAUCGAUGCUAAUAUUAUGAAAUUAUACCUACCAAGACUUGGAUUUGCCCCAUACCUUCCUCCAGUUGAGGAGGGUGCAAAUUCUGCAUUGAAGAGAGCAUUUGAGGCCUUGAACACUCAUCUUGCUUCCAAUACAUACCUGGUUGGCCAUUCUGUUACCCUUGCUGAUAUCAUAACGACAUGCAACUUGUAUUUAGGAUUCAGCCAGCUCUUAGUUAAGAGCUUCACCUCCGAGUUCCCUCACGUCGAGAGAUACUUUUGGACAUUGGUCAACCAGCCUAACUUCCGAAAGAUAUUAGGUCAGGUUAAGCAAACUGAGUCUGUUCCACCCAUUCCAUCCGCUGCAAAGAAGCCUUCCCAGCCUAAGGAAUCUAAGCCCAAGCCUAAGGAUGAACCAAAGAAAGCAGCUAAACCAGAGCCUAAACAAGAAGCAGAACCAGAGGAGGAGGCACCCAAGCCCAAGCCCAAGAAUCCUCUUGAUCUUCUUCCUCCAAGCAAGAUGAUCUUGGAUGACUGGAAAAGACUCUACUCAAACACCAAGACCAACUUCCGCGAGGUUGCAAUCAAAGGAUUUUGGGACAUGUACGAUCCAGAGGGAUAUUCUCUGUGGUUCUGUGAUUACAAAUACAAUGAUGAGAACACAGUUUCCUUUGUUACGUUAAACAAGGUUGGUGGAUUUCUUCAGAGGAUGGAUCUGGCUCGCAAGUAUGCAUUUGGAAAGAUGCUGGUGAUUGGAUCACAGGCACCAUUUAAGGUGAAGGGGUUGUGGCUUUUCCGCGGACAAGAGAUUCCAAAAUUUGUGAUUGAUGAAUGCUAUGAUAUGGAGCUCUACGACUGGACCAAGGUUGACAUCUCUGAUGAAACUCAGAAAGAGCGCGUCAAUCAGAUGAUCGAGGAUUUUGAACCAUUUGAGGGAGAGUCUCUUUUGGAUGCCAAGUGCUUUAAGUGAGAAACAAAAACCGUUAUUCCCCAGUCAAAAUGGUAUGAUUUUUGUCGUGUCUUUUUCGUGUUGUGUCCUUGGUUUCUAUCCUAUUUUCUGUUAUAGUGAGUUCUUAGCUAGCUGUUUUGGGAUCGUAGACGCUGAAACUUAAAAAUGCUUGAUUUUGGUACACAUUAUCUUUUAUGACUAUAGCAAGACCAGUGUACAAAUACAUUUCUCCGUGGAUGUGUAUGAAUUUCAAUAUGCUCACGAUA